CUCUUAAGUAGAUUCCUGCCCUUUUGUGGCCACUGUUGACCAGUAGAGGGUUGAAUGACAUUUCUAGAACCAAAGUGAAUUAUUGCAUAGCUACAAGGACUGCUGAGAGGGAAAAUAAAGUUUCCAAAGCUAAGGAUCCGAGGCACAGUUCACCAACACAUUUCACCAACCUAUCUGGUAAAGCCAAGUUACCAUUCUUGAUACUCUUCUUUCAAGACAAUGGGCUGGAAACUGAAAACAGUGCAAACUAUUCUCAGUAUUCUAGCCUUCUACAUUACAUUUGCAGUCGGGGAAGAUGAGGAGCCCAGAUCAGAAUGUGCUGACUUCAACAACACGACCUGGCUGGAGUACCAUCAGCAGGGCAGCAAGCUACAGGUGCAGUACCUGCUCUUGACACGCAAGAAUACAGACUGUGCCAGCCUCUUCGGUCAGGACUUCCUCAGCAACAACACCUACUUCAACUCCUCCCAACCCACCAAGAUAAUUGUCCAUGGAUACAGAGCUCUGGGCAGUAAGCCAUCCUGGGUGAAGCAGCUGGCCCAGGCUCUGCUGCGGGUGCAGGAUGCCAACGUGGUGGUGGUGGACUGGAUCUAUGGGGCCUCACUCGCCUACAACAUGGUGGUGGAGAACUACAAGGAGGUGGCCAUCCAGAUCUCUGUCCUCAUCAACCAGCUCCAGAACCAUGGAUGCAAACUGGAGUCAUUUCACUUCAUUGGGGUUAGUCUUGGGGCACAUGUGUCUGGAUUCGUGGGGACCCUGUUCAAGGGCAAGAUAGGAAGAAUUACAGGUCUGGACCCGGCUGGACCCAUGUUUAAAAGAGCCGACACAUUUGACCGUCUUGACCCCUCAGAUGCACUGUUUGUGGAGGCCAUCCACACUGACGCCGACUAUUUCGGCAUCUCCAUCUCUGUCGGCCAUGCAGACUUCUUCCUAAACGGCGGGAUGGACCAAGCAGGUUGCUCGCGCUCCAGGUUUACGUCAAUGUAUAGCUAUGUGAUAUGUGACCACAUGAGGGCGCUCCACAUCUACAUAAGCGCACUGAACGGGACCUGCCCACUGACUGGCAUCCCUUGUUCCAGCUAUGAGGACUUCCUCAAGGGGCGCUGUUUAGGCUGCCCAGGCAGAUGUCCACGAAUAGGGUUAUUGGAGAACAGUGGUUUAACAGUCUUUCCUCUUCCUCAACCAAAGAAGCUUUUCCUCCUGACAACCUCUGCACCUCCCUUCUGUGCCCAUCACAUCCUGGUGCAGCUGGAGGUGUUCCUCCUGGACAAGAGCGCCGAGGUGCAGGUGAUCCUGAGGACUGGGGGACAUCCUGAAACAGAGCAGAGACUCAGGCUACAGACAGACGGCACCAUGUACAGGAGGGUGAUAGCCCACCCAGUGCCACUGUGUGAGAUAGACUCCAUCCAGCUGAAGAACACUGGAGCGCACUUCUACAGGCAGGGAGACAUCCACGUUGUGUCUGUCUGCAUAUCAGAAUUCCCCUCUGUCGGAGAAGUGGAGCCAUUGUGCGUGAAGAAGAUAAACGUAAGGCGAGGAUCUCCAUGGAACCAUGAUUUCGUACAGCUGUGUGAGAAUUACUGAUGUAGUAAACACACACAUAUCCUAUAAACCAGCAUGUUUCUUUCUCUCUAGCAACCUCCCAAUAGUCUGAAACGGUCCUUUCCUCAUCUCCUUUCCUUCAUCAUCAAUGAUGUGGAAUGCUUUGAUGGGUCUAAGCAGUAAGGAGGAAGCCUAUCCUUAUAGUUAUCAUUGGGAAUGAAGGAAAGGAAAUUAGAAGAGUUUUACUGGGACUAGCUCACGCAGAAACACACACAUGCAGCUAAUAGCUCCCAUUGCAAACAGCUACACACAAACUUUGCCAUCCUAUAACCCUAGUCAUAUGUUACUGAUGGACCACCUACAGCCAAACAGAUUCCAGAACAGUUCCAAACUACUUCUUUACAUUUCUUUAGUAUAUUCUAACAGCAUUAGUAUUGAUGUACAUAAUCAUUCCAACGCAGCUGAAUGUUACUUUAUUCAGAGCUUCUGUUGAAGCAAAACAAUAAAAGGGUAACUCUG